AUGGUCACAGAGACUUCCGUUCUGCCUACUACACCAAAAUCCCCUGCAAAAGAGAAGGCUUUAUGUCUUUUUGAGACUCCUCGAUCAUUCAGGCUACUGUUCAGGAAGAUCGGCAGUCAACUUGACCGUCAGUUAUUCGAAAUAGAGGCACAGAAGAAACGGAUAUCACUAUUGGAGCAUGAAAAUGAAGAAAUUAGACCUAAGAAACGUCGGAAAAUCACAUAUAACGGAAACGCUGAAUUCGCAAAGGUCGGAUAUAUUCAGAGUGCAAGAGAAAAGAUGUGGAAGGUUCUCCAACCCGUCAAAACCUCCAGGAAGGUCCAGCGAGUAAAACUCGAAGAUUUAUGUACUGAGUUCCAUUUGAAUAUUCACUAG